AUGAGCACUGCAAUACAAAAUAACACAAACCCUAAUACAAAAAGUUUAAGAGAAAAGGAAAAACAGAUAAAAUACCAAUCACUUCGGUGCGGGGUUGGAUUGCCACCCAUAAAAUCCCCAAAUUCGAAUCCCAUUCCCAACUCCUUUUCUCCUGCUUCUGUCGUCACAUUACAGGGGUUAAAUUCUCUGCACGACAUGUCUGGAGAGCGAGCAGUGCAUCCCGAUUGUCGGAAUGCUAGUAACCCUUUUCAUGAAUGUAGUGAUUAUUGUUUUAGAGUUAUAGCUGAAGCCAAGAUUAAAUCGCAACAUAGGAAACCAGAAGUUGGACAAGGUAGUGGUGGAAAUAACUCUAAGCAAGCCAUCCCAGAUGAGUCACACGCAGAUGAAGAAAUACAUGAUGACAGACCUGAUCCUGAAGAAAACUCUGAUAGUGAUCCUGACCAGCCUGCUGCGCAGGAAGCAGAGCAAAUUGAGGCUGACUGCACAAAACUUUCUGGGAGACAGAAAAAGUGGAUGGAACUGAGAGCCAAGAUGCAAGAAGCAAAAAAGCGAAAUCAAAUUGAAAUAGCUGCUGAAAAGAAGAGGAUGGAAGCUCCAACGGAGUCUAGGGGUGUUUCAAAACAAAAGUGGCUUGAGGAUAGGAAGAAAAAAAUUGGAAAACUUCUUGAUGCAAAUGGACUGGAUCUGACAAAGGCAUAUAUGCUUGACACACAGGAGGCAGCAGAAGUAAAAUACAAGAAAUGGGAGAAGGAUCCUGCUCCAUUUGGAUGGGAUGUCUUUAAUCAGAAAACAUUAUACAAUGCAUACAAAAAGCGGACGAAGAAUGUUGAAGUUGAUGUAGAAGAAUAUAAUAGAAUGAAAGAAGCUGAUCCAGAGUUCUACCGUGAUGCUUCAAGUCUCCAGUAUGGAAAGGCACCAAAAGUCUCAGAGGAGAAGGUUGACAGGAUGGUACAAGAGCUAAAGGAUAGGGAAGAGAAGCGCAAGUCAUUUAGCAGGAGAAGACGGUUUCAUGAAGAGAAAGAUAUUGACUCAAUCAAUGACCGUAACGAGCAUUUUAACAAGAAGAUUGAACGAGCCUUUGGUAAAUACACGCUGGAGAUUAAAAAUAAUCUUGAGCGAGGCACUGCAUUGCCUGACUAA